UCAGAAUAUUCUUUAUGGUCAGGGAAAAAGUGAAAAUUUUCUCUGGAAAUCAGGGAAAAGUCAGGGAAAAAUAAAAUUAAAUAUUUGUGGCAACCCUGAUGAAUGUAAAUAAUUUUUUAUUGAGAAAAGUAAUUGCAAAGCCAAAGGAAAUACGAUAAUUCGAACAAAAAAAUUAAAUUCAUAUAAAAUAGUUACCAAGAUUGUCGAAUUUAAAAACAGUUUUCGUUCUGCUUAAUUUAUUGUUUACUCACGACAAAUAAACUGCAAUACCUCAAAAAAAGAGUUACUAAUAACAAUAAAGGAAUGAAGAAGACUGAUAUCGAGAACUAAAGUAAAAUAAUUUAUUGAUAAAUAAAUAAUUAAAACAAUGUCACAUUUAUAUGAUACUCUUUCUUCAGGAAGACAGAGAUGCGUAAUUAUUGAUAAUAGUCGUAAUACACAAAGCGCUUAGACAUAUAUAUAUACGUAUUAUGAUCAAUGGGCUCAAUUGUCGAGCGGCUCCGUUUAUAAUUGAAUGUAGUAUUAAUUAAUUCAUCCGUUAAUUGUAAAUAUUAUUAUUACUAUUAAUUAUUAUUUAUAGAAUACAUAGAAGAGAAUUAAAAAGUUAAAUUUUAUAUUAUUUUGAUUCUAUCAAAAAUAAAAUUUAAUUUUUAUAUUUUCAUCUAAUGACUUUAUAUCGCAGUAUAAUUUUUGAUGAUUAUAAAGAUAUUAUUCCAAAUCACUUGUUCUAAUCAAAAUUAUAAUUUAAGCCUUUUUAUCACUCUAAUCCUAUAUUUUACGAUUGAGCGAUAUUUUUUUUAUCCAUCAAAGAAAAUAUAAAUUAUUUUAUUGCGUUAAUAUUGGGAUUUCAAUUUUGUUGACCGACUCAAAGUUUAAAGGAUUAUAAACAAGUUUUAUUAUAUUUGUUAUCUAGAAAUUAUAUAAUCAAUUUUAUACACUUGAUAAAAAAAACUGUAAAUAUUGUUAAGAAUACAUAUUUUAUGAUACUUUAUAAGUUUAUAUUAUAAGAAAUUGUUGAAUAAAAAUUAAAAAUGUUUAAAAAUGUUUAAAAAUAAAGAAUUGAAAAUUAAUUUCGUUUUUUAAUUCACCACUAUUCACCACUUUGUUUGACUAACUUCAAACAGUAAUUUUUCGGUUGUUAACUGUUUCUUUUCACCUUGUUUGGUUAAUGUGCAGUGAUGUGCAGUUAAUGUGAAUUCAGAGGUAGAAUUUUGUUAGACAACAAAUUUAAUUAUCUAAUUGGCGAAAAUGUCUCAGAGCGUUAACAAGUCUAAAGCAGAGAGUGAAAUUCAUAAAAAUGAAGACGACACGUGUUUGGAAGAAGAUCUUUUGCAGAUAGUCGAAGAUUUAUCAAACAAAAAUGAAAAUGAAUUGAUGACAUCUCUGGUACAAUUGAAAAAAUUGAUGCAAACUUCAACGACGUCAAUGACAUCAGUUCCAAAGCCUUUGAAAUACUUAAGAAACUCUUAUGAGCUUUUGAAAAGAAUUUAUGACAAGAUUAUAACGAGGGAAGUUAAAAUCCUUUUUGCUGACAUUCUCAGUGUUUUAGCAUUGGCAGGUGCCACUUCCGCGUCAAGGGAAUGUCUAGAUUUCUGUCUUCAGGGAACAAUGAUUGAUCCCGGCGACUGGGGUCACGAAUACGUUCGACGAUUGGAAUUGGAAAUUAUUGAUGAAUGGACAAAUAUGCCAAUUGAAAACGAACAAGUCAUUAAAGAACAUAUAAUGCCAUUGAUAAGGAAUAUAAUAAAGUUCGAUAUGAAGGAUAAUGCGGAAAUACAAGCAUGCGAUCUCAGUUUAGAAAUCGAUCAAAUAGAAUUAUUGGAUAGUCACUUAGACUCGACAAAUUACUCAAGAGUUUGCAAUUAUCUCGCAAGUUGUGCUGUUUACAGCGAAGAAUUUGAUCGACAAAAAAUUUUGCAAUCAGUGGCAAAUAAUUAUUUAAAAUUCGCCGAUUAUUGUAAAGCAAUAUUAAUAGCCAUGCAACUUCAAGAUUAUGAUCUAGUUUUCGAGUGUUUUGCAAAUUGUCCGGAUUCUUUAAUGAGGAAGCAAUUAGCGUUUCUUGUGGCUAGACAACAGGACAAACCAUUGAGAAAGGAUUACAAAGGUGAAGAAGCUAAUGAUAUUGAGACGAUAAUAAGCAACGGACAUGUGAACGAACAUUUUCAAAUGCUGGCUCGCGAAUUGGACAUUUUAGAGCCUAAGCUUCCUGACGAAAUUUAUAAAUCAUGGCUGGAGCAAACAACAGGAAUUUUAAAACGAAUAGAACACGAUUCGGCGAGGGCAAAUUUGGCCGCUAGCUUUGCUUCCGGUUUUGUGCACACUGGAUUUGGAGUUGAUAAAUUAAUGUCCGAUCCAGAAGAAUCUUGGGUUUACAAAAAUAAGGAACAUGGAAUGCUGUCGGCAACAGCUUCUUUGGGCUUGAUUCACAUGUGGGACGUUGAUGGAGGACUCGUACCAAUCGACAAAUAUCUUUAUUCAACUGAAGACUUUAUCAAAUCUGGAGCUCUGUUGGCAAUUGGUUUGGUGAACUGUGGCGUUCGUAAUGAAUGUGAUCCAGCCUUGGCACUCCUCAACGAAUAUGUGAUGAAUCAAAAUCAAAAAUUGCGAAUUGGUGCCGUUUUGGGUCUUGGAUUAGCUUACGCUGGCUCCCAAAGAUCAGACGUUUCGCAAUUAAUGAUCAAUGUAUUACUGGACAGGCAAAGUUCUAGGGAAAUUGUAUCACUUGCCGCUAUUUCAUUGGGUUUAAUAAAUGUUGGCUCGACUAAUUCCGAAGCUUCUUCGACAAUUCUCCAAAAACUCUUGGAAUCUACACCUCAAGAAUUAUCAGACACACACUCCAGAUUUCUUCCACUGUCUUUGGGAUUAAUUUACAUGGGUCGUCGCGAUGCCAUUGAAACACUUUCAGCGGCUCUUGAAGUUUUACCAGAACCUUACAAAUUAGCUUCACAAACAAUGCUUCAAGUUUGCUCAUACGCCGGUACUGGUGAUGUAUUGAUAGUUCAGGAAUUAUUGCAAAUUUGCUCGGAACCAGUGGGAACUGAUAAACUUUCGACAAAAUCGACAAACAGUGUAACACCGGAUAAUUGCUGUAAUGCGCCCACUCUCCCUUUGAGUCUCAACUUUCAAGGAAGCAAUGACAAUAGUAAUUCUUCGAAAAGCAAAACUUCCUCUGAAACCAAUAAAGAAGAGACUUCAUCGUUCAUUGGUCUUUCUCAAGCCAUUGCUUCACUGGGAGUUGGAGUUGUCGGUUUAGCCGAGGGGAAAGAAAAUUCAAGAAUAUUUGGACAAGUUGGAAGGUAUGGACCUCCUCAGGCACGAAGAGCCGUUCCCCUUGCUCUGGCUUUGUCAUCAAUAUCGAAUCCCGAUCCAGCAUUAGUCGACGUAUUAAACAAAUACAGUCACGAUAACGAUUCAGAAGUGUCAUUAAACGCAAUAUUUGGACUAGGUCUCGUCGGCGCUGGAACGAAUAAUGCCCGAUUAGCGACAAUGUUGCGACAACUUGCUGCCUAUCAUGCGAAAAAUUCUAAUCAUCUAUUUUUGGUUCGCAUAUCCCAAGGACUCAUUCAUCUUGGAAAAGGAACAUUAUCUUUGUGUCCUUUGAGAUUUGCUUCUAAAGUUUUGGAUUACACGGCACUGGCUGGAUUAAUGGUUGUUUUCGUCGCCUUUUUGGACUGCAGAAAUCUAAUUUUAAGCAAAUCGCAUUACUUGCUGUACUGUUUGGCUACUGCGAUUGAACCCCGAUGGAUUAUCACCCUCGACGAGGAUUUAAAGACUCUUCCAGUAUCAGUUCGUGUCGGCCAAGCUGUGGACACAAUUGGUAAAGUCGGGAAUCCCAAGUGCAUCGCUGGUGGUCACGUUCACACAACUCCGGUAUUAAUGUCCGUCGGCGAAAGAGCCGAACUUGUAGCCGAUGAAUAUGAACCUCUCUCGAGUAUUAUGGAAGGAUUUGUUAUUUUACGCAAAAAAGUUAACAAACCUUAAGAAAAAAAAACAUUAUGAAAUAUUUCUUCUCCAUAAAUCAAUUUAUCUCGUGAAUGUUCUCCUUUAAAAUAUACAAAAAACAUUAUUUUAGAUUAAGUUUAUUUAAUUAAAAACUAAAAUUAAUUUAUCGUCGAAAUUAAUUUCAACUCUAUAAAUAAAUUACAAUGUUAAAUUUACUACUCAGUAGUUUGCAUUUAUUUCUUUUUAUAGGGACUAGCGGAAGCGAUGUGCUUUAUACAACAGAAAAAAUACACAGGUAAAAAUCUUAAAUUUUGGGAGAAAAAAGCUAAAACUUUGCACCGUGUAUCGUUAUUUAGUUUUCUUUUACAAUAUCUGUGAUAGUUACAGAUUUUCAAAGCUUGUUUUAUGUUACAGGUAAAUAUAAUUAUACUUUGAUUAUUAUUUAUCUACCACAGAAAUUCACCUCCCAAAAACACAAUGCAUGCUUUAGCUGUUUUUUUUAUGCAGGAAAGCGGAAGUAUUUUUUUCAAACAUUCAAUUCACUAUUUUUCUCAUCAAGGUCUUACUACGGAAAAUUGCGUGAAAACAAUUUCAAAAAAUGAAAAAAUUAUCUAAAUGCCCGGAGACAUUUACGCGUAGGCACGGUGGGGCAUUAAAAAAAGACAAUGAAAUAGUGUUGGAAAGUUUCGUUCAAAAAAAAAGAUCAAAUCAAGCUGCCACGCAAAAAAAAAUUGAUUUCGUUAUCUCCUCUCACCUCAAAAAUCGAUUCCAUACGAAUUAUUUAUUUUUCCUCUCUUUCUCUCCACACACUAAUUUUUUUCCAUUUUAAAAAUCAAUUUACCAUUUUUCAUGCAUCUAAAAAAAUUAUUGAGUUAUUCUUCUAAUUAAAAAUCGCUCAUUUCAAAGAAACAAGGGCACAAUUAAUUUCUUCUUAAAAGAUGUAAACUGCGCGCUGAUAAUUAUAAUAUAAUGAAUUUCAUACAGAUAUUAAUAAUUAUUUAUAAACUAUUCUCAUUCAGAAAGCUACACGGCUCCUAGCUACUUAAAUUUUACAUGCUAUUUUUUCGCUUAUAGUAAAAUAUAAUAAUACAAUAAUAGUUUUAUUAAAAUGUUUAAAUCGUAGUAGUUUUUUUUCAAAUACAAUUUACUGUUGUAAAUUUGUUUAACGAAGUUAUAAACAUCUCAUAGAGUAUGAAUAUUCGUGACUGAACUAAGCAUGUUUAAGUGUUGAAUUUUCGCUCAUUAAAUUGAUAGAUAUUUUUUUUUGUCCACCUAACUUCUAUUUAAUAAUUUUAUUCUUUUUUUUGUUUGUUUGUUUUUAUUUUGAUACUUUUGUUCUUAUUUACAAUAAUAUAUUGCAACAAGCA